AUGGCCGCGGCUGGCGCCUUCUCCCCUCUCUCCGGCACCCUCCUCCGCCGCCGCAUACCCCUCCAUCAUCACCGCCGCUUCCUCUACAUCGCGGCCGCUGCCUCGGAAGCCCCCGCGCCUGCCCCCACCCCGUCCCAGCCGCCGCCGCCGGCGCGUCCACGCGGGAAGGGGUACUUCCCCAAGAAGAACGAGAUCCUCGAGCUGACCUGCGAGGGGCUCGCCUUCAAGGGGAAGGGCGUCUGCAAGGUCGACGGCUCCUCCUUCGUCCUGCUCUGCGACGGCGCUCUCCCCGGCGAGCGCCUCGUUGCUCGCGUCCGUCGCCUCCGCCGCGGCGCCUUCGCCGAGGCCGCCAAGCUCAAGACCCUCUCGCCCCACCACGACGCCGUCGAGGCCCCCUGCCCCCUCGCCGCCGACUGCGGCGGCUGCAAGAGCCAGUCCCUGGCCUACCCUGCGCAAAUCCACCACAAGUACGUCCAGGUCCGCGACCUGCUGGUAAAUUUCGGCAAGUUUGAUCCCAGGAAGCUGGAGAGCUCGGAUUCAGAUGCCGUCCUUAAGCCCAUCGUGCCGUGCGAUGAGAUAUUUCGGUACAGGAACAAGAUGGAGUUCUCGUUUGGGACGAAGAGGUGGAUGAAAAGGGAGUGGAAGGAGGAGAAAGAGGAGGUGUCGAAGGGGGAAGAGGUGGAGACUGAUGGUUAUUCACUUGGCCUCCAUGCACCAGGGUUCUUUGAUAAGGUGCUUCACGUCGAGACGUGCUUUCUGCACAGUGAGCCAGCAGAUAAGGUUCUUGCAGUUGUUCAAGGAAGUUGGACGGAUCCGGCUCUUGGCCUCACGCCUUACGAUGUCUACAAGCACACUGGGUUUCUCAAGCAUCUAAUGAUACGAACUGGAAGAAAUGUCAGCACUGGAGCUCCAGAAGUGAUGGUCAAUUUUGUGACAUCAUGUUAUAAACCUGAGCUACUGGUGCCUCUUGUGGAUAGAAUCACAAAAAUAUCUGAAGUGGUAAGUGUCGUAAAUAAUGUGAAUACAUCUGUUGGCAAUACAUCUGUGGGUGAGCAAGAAUAUACCUUGUACGGGAAACCGACCAUUACAGAGAUGUUGAGAGGACUUACAUUCCAGAUAUCUGCCAACUCCUUUUUCCAGACUAAUACAAAACAGGCUGAUGUUCUUUAUAAGCUUAUUGGAGAUUCUGCUGGGCUUAAAGGAGAUGGCUCUGAGAUUGUUCUUGACUUGUUUUGUGGAACUGGAACCAUUGGGCUGACUCUUGCUAGAAGUGCAAAGCAUGUUUAUGGAUAUGAAGUUGUCCCUGAAGCCAUUGCGGAUGCCCAAAAGAAUGCUCAGUUGAAUGGUAUCAGUAAUGCUACAUUUGUUCAGGGAGACCUUAACAAAAUCAACGAAACAUUUGGGAAGGAAUUUCCAAAGCCUGACAUAAUCAUAUCAGAUCCUAAUCGUCCUGGGAUGCACAUGAAGUUAAUCAAGUGGCUGCUGGAAGUUAAAGCCCCUCGAAUAGUGUACGUCUCGUGUAAUCCAGCUACUUGUGCACGGGAUCUGGACUAUCUAUGUCAUGGCGUGGAGGAGAAAGGCCUGAGCGGGUGCUACGAGCUGAAGCGUGUAAUACCUGUCGAUAUGUUUCCCCACACUCCUCAUAUUGAGUGUGUUUGCUUAUUGGAGCUGUGCUGA